AUGAUUCUCUAUAAUUGUUUGUUAUUAUUUGCAACCCUUAUUGUAUUCAGUGUUGCAUUAUGGCGUCCUAAGGUGCCUUGCAGUUUCGUGCCAUGUCAUGUCGUCGUGCUGUGGUAUAAUGUGUUGUGUCAUGCCAUUAGUUUCCGUGUGAGCUUGAGUCUUCGUGAAGUGUCUUGUAGUGCUGCGUCGUGUGUCGUCUUGUUUCUGUGCCAUGACGUGCUGUGUCGUGCCGUUUGUUGCUGUGUCGUGUAACAAGUAUUAUCACUCAUAAUUGCUCCCAUACCGUUUCCACAUUUUUGCCAACUAGGAUUUUUGCAAACCUCAGUGCCCGGAAGAAAAGAUUUGUUUCGCUGAUGGAGAAGGUCACUCCUGUUUUUGUUCGAAUCCUAAAUUCCAAGGGGAAAGAUGCGAUGAAGGUACAUGCGGUAUGAUAAAAGCUUUAGAACGCAAGCCUCGAGCUCAGAGUCUAUUUUGCCCCUCAAAGGCUUACAGAAGACGUAUAAUAAUAAAAUAAUAUCUUGUUGAUAAAUCGUAACAUUAGAAUAAGUUUGGCUCACCACAGGAAUAUCUAGGGAUAUGUAGUGAUUCAGUUUUAGCAAGAGAUUAGUUUAUAUUUUCUUGUUCAUUAUUGUGUGGCUAACAUUUCAUUCUCAAAACCAAUGUAGAUGUGGAUGAAUGCUUACAGGGGCGACACGACUGUCAUGUGAGUGCUACAUGUCAAAACACCUUUGGUAGUUUCACCUGCAUUUGCCCUUCGGACAAGGUGUCAGAUGGGAAAGCAUGUCACGGUAGGAAAAAACACGGCCUCAUAACUAAAUGUCUGUUCCGUGUAUCGCGCGCAUGCUCAUGUCCGCGCCUUCCCUUGGAAAGAAGCACUCCCUAUCCCACAAGGCCAUUUUUCAUUACACUGAUUCAAGGAUACUGGCUUCAGGAAAUGCAGUCGAGUAGUUGCUAUUCCAUUUGCUUUUCAUUUUCUCUUCUUUCUCCAAGCUAACUCCUCCUCGAUUCAAAAUAUUCGGUGUGUAGCCAGGCAUAUUAAAAAACUAAAAGACAAGAUCGAGAAAAAGGCUUCAAGAGGAGUCGUGUACAAGAUCAAAUGUAAAGAUUAUGAUUGUGUUUACGUUAGUCAGACAUCACGCGCCCUAAAAACACGCGUGAAAGAACACACAAAGGCCAUAGCAACAUUGAAUGAAAACUCUUCGUUGGCCAAACAGCAAGUGCUUCACAGGCACCAAAUAGAUUCGGAGAGUGUUGAAAUUGUUGACAGGUCAUCUGCGUGGCGACAAAGACUAAUUCUUGAAGCUUGGUAUUCCAUGCGAGAUAGAAACGCUCUAAACGAACGCAGUACGCUACCAAACAUAAACAAUAACAUCAAGAAUUUUUAGAGCCAUUAAAAUACUCUAGAGACUAUCGUUACACGUUAAAAAUUCCUUCGAGAUUUAGUUUUAUCACACAUCGUGGACAUAUACCAAGCAGGACGCCGUUAUACAUUUACAAUUUUAUCUUUGUUGAAGAAGGCAACAGUAGUAGCCGAAACUUCCAGAACUAUAUUUUUCAGCCAGUGUCAACCUCUUUUUUAUUCUUUUCACCAAAAUUUCCCCCUCAAUUACGACGAAUACUUAUCGUCCUAUUUCAAAACAACAAAGCUUUGAAUAGUUUAGUUUUAUAGUUGUGUUUCUCUUUUGUAGGCUUUCCUUUCCAUUGGACAUUCAAUGGUUCAGACAGAUUGCUCACGUAAGUGUGGUUGCUUUUAUUGGAAAAUAUUUUGUAUUCCUUCUUUUACCGGUGCCUGAGAGCUUAAAGGCGAUGUUACACGCACCACCUUGCCAUAAUGAUGUUUCGCGCCACCCUAUUAUGUGUAACAUGCAAACAUUUUGACUCGAGGACACUUUAGUUUGUAUUCGACUUGCGUUCGGAACCUUAAACUCGUCCACCGCCACCCUUGGGUACAUAGGCAGGUCGCACCCAAAUUGAGUAAUGAGGAAACGCUGAAAGUCGAAGUUGCGCUAGAGAUCGUCCCACCCAACUUAAAUAUCGUCAAGCUCAAUUUGACCGCUGUUGCGUCACAUGCCACUCAAAGGUGACGCGCUGUUGUUGUGCAAAAAUGGUCGCUACUAGUCCUCACAAGAAGUACCUCCUUGAAACAAUCCCCAUUAAAACCCAAUGAUUUCGGAAUCAAGAGGUAUGCACAGAUUUUCUUUUCAUUUUGCCAUAUUCUAUCUAGUCUAAAAGGAGCAGCGAGAUUUACAGAACAAGAUGGCCGAACUGUGCUGUAUCUUGACGGCACACCGGGCACAUUUGCUGAGACACCAGCGUUACCUAUCCAGCAGACUAACUUAAGUAUUACCGUCUGGAUCAAAAGAUCUCCGUCUCCAACUAGCCGCCAAAUGAUCUACGGUGAUUGGUCAAGCCCUCAUCAGUUCCGGUUUGACGUUAUGACAGAUGCCCGUUUAUGUGUUGAUGUACGGCGUGAUUCUUCUGUUGUAACUGGUCUCCUCAACUUCUGCACCCCCUUCAGGUAUGGUCUUUUAUGAUAAGAGGAGAGUAAAGUAGGGCGGGCAGGGCUUUAAUUUCGUAUUUUCACUGGUCACUUAAAUUAAAAUCACUUAACCCCAUAUCACGCAAUAACCUCUUUACCCCCUCUUAUAACGCCUGAAACUGUACACAACCGAACACGUAGCUACAUAGCAAAUAUCAGUGCCGUCGUACAUUACCAUAUGAAAUUUUCUACAUGCUAAAACCUGUCAUUGUUUGAUAACAUUUGUUUUUUUUCAUUUUGCAUUUUUAUUCAGUGCUACUGUCCCUGUAAAUGUAUGGAGUCACGUUGCAUUCACGUGGAGUCGAGUUCAGCAUACUGGUAGCCUAUACAUCAACGGAGACCAUUUGGAGAGUAAAAUUGCAAAUAUCGCCGUCGAAACAAAAGUGGAUCUUAAGAAUUCAGGGCACACUGUUUACGACAUUGGCUUGAAAAGAGAUAGUGGAGAAACAACCGACGCGUUUCUUAGCGACCUCAUGGUGUUUGACCGUGUGCUCUCAAAUGACGAAAUCGAAAAGGAGUUAUUUAUGAAUCAUCCGCUCCACAGUCUUACUUAAUGUGUUUGCUACAUUCUAUUACGAAAAAUGUUGACACCUAAGAAGCAUGGGACCCAACAGUUCUAUGGGAAAAUGUUCGCACAGUCACGUUAUCAGUGCUUUACUUUGCCAAUAUUCAUAGAAGAUGUUCGUUUAUAAUGAUUACUUUCUUCGGAAAAGCGUGGAUGGUUUUAAUUCUUUCAUUGUUCAUUGCUAAUGCUUUUAAUGUGUCGACGCUUAUUUGAUCGUGUGUAUACAAAUAAUUUAAUUACAUAACAUGCAC